GGGUAUAAAUAAACUUAGCCAGGGGUAGUGGAUCAUCAAACAGUUAUUAGCCUUCCCAAGAAGCAAACCAAUCCAAUAUAAUCAACAUGUUCAAAUACGCCGUUGUUGUCCUUGCCAUCGUUGCCUGUGCUGCUGCCAAGCCAGGACUUCUAGGAGCUCCACUAGCCUACACUGCUCCUCUGGCCUACACCGCUCCUCUGGCUUACGCCUCUCCUGCCGCCGUGGUAGCUGCUCCUGCCCCAGUUGUGACUGCCACCAGCAGCCAGGUGAUCGCCAGGAACUACAAUGGAAUCGCAGCUGCUCCAGUAAUUGCUCCAGUGGCUACUCCAGUGAUCGCCAAGUACGCCGCUGCUCCGAUUGCUGCUCCCCUAUCUGCUCCUGUGGCAACUCCUUUUGCGGCUCCGGUUAUUGCCAAAUAUGCCGCAGCUCCUCUGGCUGCCCCUCUGGCUGCCCCUCUGGCUUACUCUUCUCCCUUGUUGAUUUAAAGCAUUAAAUUUGUAAAGUUAACAAUGACUGACUACCCACUUAAAGAAAA